AAAUCAGCUCAAACAGAAAGAUCUAAUCUGUGAAGAUUUAGAGAAACGUUUGAACAAAGAAAACGAGCUCCGCCUGACCUGUGAGGAAGAACUCAAAAAAACUAAAGAUCAAAUGAGUUCAAUGAACGGAAAUCUCAAGAAGGAGAUCAACGACCUGAAACAGAAGAACUUGGAGCUCAGUCAGAUGCUGAGAGGUAGUCAGGCUGUUUAAACUAAAUCAGAACAGAUGUGUGAGGAUCUGCAGAAGUUUAAGCAGCUGCUCCAUGAAAAAAUGUCCGUCUGUGAAGAACUUAGCAGCAGUCUGGACAUGGAGAAGCAGCUCAGAGUUAGCUACGAGGCUCAGCUGGACUCUAACAGGAUGAUAGUCUGUGAGAAUUCAGAUCUUAAAGAGCAGAUCAAAGAUCUGACACAGAGCAACUCCGAACUCAGAGUGGUCGUGGAAAACCUGACCUCUGAGAAUGCUGCUUCUCACCAGGAGUUGGCUGAACAGCUGGAGAGAGUCAAACAUCAACUUCAGGAUAAAUCUGUUGUCUGUGAAAACCUGGAAACAGGUUUCACCAACGAACAGAAGCUCAGACUCCAGCUGUACCAGCAACUCCAGGAAACAUCUGGCCUGUGUGAGAGCCUGGAAAACCAGCUUAGAGACGAGCAGAAGAUCAGACUUGGUUUGGAGACUGAGCUCGCCCAAAACAGAGACGUGGUCAGUGCAGGUCAUGAUGAUUUGAUGGCCAAACUAGAACAGAUGGAGGAAAAAGAAACAAAACUCUGUAAAGUCGUCAUUAACCUCCAGUUAGAUCUGUUUAGAAGAAAAAAGCAGCACGAGGAAGAGUUGGGAAUCCUGAAGGAACAAGUCUCUAAACUCGAGUCACUGACUACAAAUCUGGAAAGUCAAAAUCAGAUCUUAAGACAAAAGACUGAAUGUUUUAACCCAGAUCAGCAAACAGAAGCGACCAGUGAGCAGAAUGUGGACGCUGCAGAAGGAAACAAGAGUCUUCCUGCUGAAAACGACUCUUUAGCAGAAAGCCUCGAGUCCCAGAGAGACGCUCCACACUCAGACACAAAAAAACUGGAUAAAGUUUCUGUGUGGAGGCGUUUCAAGAAAUCUGUAACACCAGGAUGUCUCCGUCAGCACAAAAACAGACAACCUAGCAACUAACCUUCCUCCUAACUAAUCAGAAAAGGCUAAUUAGAAGACAUCCCAUAGGGCAGCACUGUCCAGGAUGAAUCUGAGAAGUUAAACCAGCCACUGCCUCCCCAAAGACCCUGUUUAGAUUAAAAAAAAGAUAAAUAAACAAGUCCCCCCAACACACACACAGAAGGAAAAAAGGGGCAUCAUGGUGGCACAGUGGCUAGCACUGUUGCCUCACAGAAAGGUCACUAGUUCAAAUCGGAUCAGCUUCCUUUCUGCGUGGAGUUAGCAUGUUCUCCCCAUGUUCUCUUCGGGUUUUCUCCCGGUGCUCGGGUUCCCCCCACACGCCAAAAACACACAAAAAACACGCUUAGGUCAAUCGGUGACUAAAUUAUCCCUAGCUGUAAGUGAGUCACUGUGAUGGACAAGACCUGCUUGCUCAGUAGGAGGGACUGCUGUAAAAUCACUGACACAAGUCAGUGACUCGAUGAGAUCUGCUGGGUUUCCUUAGAUAGGAAAAUUAUAACUAAUUAGAAUAAUGAAGUGAACUCAGGACACGGUUUAAUACGAAAGG